AUGCAAGAAUGUUGUACUGAUGAAAGUUGUCCUAAAAUGAUGUCUAGUCCUGGAUAUAUGUAUUUAUGGAGAGAUUCAAGCUCUAAAAAGUAUAAGAAAGCAACAGAAGUGUCAGCACCUGAAUAUAUUGCAUUAUCAAUUGACAAGAUUGAAUCACUUCUCAAUGACACAUCAAUCUUUUCAACAAGUGGAGAUUUUCCAAAAGAAUUUCGUAAAACAGUUAAAGACAUGUGUAAGAAAAUAUUUCGUGUCUAUGCUCACGUCUUUCAUCAUCAUUACAAUGAAGUGACAGAUAGAAAAAUGGAACCAAACUUUUUGUUUGCAUUUAAACAUUUUCUAUUCUUUGCUAUGGAAUUUAGAUUGCUUAAUGAAAAGGAAUUAGAACCAAUGAUUCCUUGGAUUGAAAAGUCAACUGGUAUUGAUGUUGAAAAGUAUUUGAAAAGUAAAAAGAAGGAAAAGCAUAACCAAAAGAAAUCUGGAGAAUCUUCAUCAAAUCCAAGUACAAGUUCCAAUUCUAAUAAUAAUAGCGCCAAUGAUUUAUCUGCAAGCUCAGAAGAUAAACAACCUAAAAAGAGAAAUGGACACAAACGUAAUGAUUCAUUGAGGGCAGAAGAUUUCAAUUUAAUUCGAAGACGUUCAGCUUCAGUGAUGGCACCAAAUGACCAGAUCCAGUCACAUAACAGUAACUUGGGUCCAAACAUGUUAAACACUUCAUUAGAUUCGAAUAGUUCAGCCACUGAUAGUGAAAAGGCAAUUUAUGCUAUUGAACCAAAUAAGAUUUCAACACUUCUUGUGGAGGUGAUCGAAGCAUGUAAUUUGGAUGCAAAGAAUACCAAUGAUACUUCAGAUGGUUUUGUUGUACUCAAAUUUGAAGGACAAGAAGUUAAAACUGAAGUUAUUUGGAAGGAAUUGAAUCCAAAAUGGAAUGAACGUUUCACAUUCAUUGUGAAGAAUAUUUCCUCCAAUUUACAAUUAACAGUUUAUGAUGAAAAUAGACUUUCAAAGGCAGAAUUGAUUGGUGUUGUUGAUUUCAAUUGUCAAGAAUUGGCAGAUGAAGUUAAACAUGAUAUUUGGCUUGAUUUGAAGAAUAAGGAUUCCAACACAUUUGCUGGACGUAUUCAUCUCAAAUGUAUUUUUACCAGUUCUGAAAGUGGUAGUAUGGGCUACUUGAAGAAGAUUACAAAUUUGAAUUUUUAUGAUACUUUGAAAGAGUUUUUGGUUAAUACUUCACCUUCUGUUUUUAUUGGAUUAUUUGACAAUAACAAGUUAAAUGUAGAUGAUAAGAUUUUCAAAUCACUCAUUUAUUUAACAACUUAUGGAGAUAAUAAGAAUACGAUAUCUGACGCAUUUAAUGUUUCAGUGAUGAAAUAUAUCAUUCGUUUAGAAGUGGAAAAGACCAUUAGAAUAUCUCAAUUAUUGAGAUCUAACACCAUUAGUACCAAACUAGUUGGAAUGUAUCUGAAGAUUUUUGGACAGGGAUAUCUUAAAAAGACUCUUCAAGAACUCACUCAAAAGAUUUGUGAAGAAGAUAGAUUUUUGGAAUGCUCCCCUGAUACUAUCAGAAAGGAAGAUAGUUCAGUCGAUCCAGAUGCAAAGGCAAAAGAAAAUUUGAAUGAAAUUAUUGCCUAUGCAAGACAGUACAUGCAAUUAAUCAAGAAUUCAGUUUCAAAUAUGCCACCAGAUAUUAGACAAAUAACUUCUCAUUUGAGAGAACAAGUAAUGAAAAAGUAUGAAAAUGUUGUUGCUGUUAGCGAGAGUACUGAAACAAAUCAAUUGGAUAGUGCUAGUAUGGGUACUAUUGCAGCAACUUCACUAUUAUUCCUUCGAUUUAUUACACCUUGUAUCACUGCUCCUCAUUUGUUCCAACUUGUACAAACAAUUCCUCAGAAGAAUGCUCAACGUACUUUAAUGUUGGUUUCUAAAAUUUUACAACAACUUGCCAAUGAAACAGAAUUCAGUGAAAAGAAGGAAGCUUUUAUGGUUCCUGCCAAUGAAUUCUUGAGAGAACAAAAAUCAAUUUUGAGAAGUUUCCUUGAUGAUGUUUGCGAUGUUAAUAAGAGUGGUUUCACACUUCGUAAGAGUACUGACGGAACUGAAAGUGAGGAAAAUAAUGAUAGAUUAUUGUGGUCUCUCUACAAUAUUCAUGUACUUUUCUAUGAUAAUGAUUCUAUUUUAUUCCCAUUAUUACAAGAAUCUAAAAAGAAAGGAACCACAGCACCAUUCUCCUACUUUGAUCUCAAUAAUGAGAGUGCAGAAGAACUGGCUGAUAAAUAUGAUCAACUGAGAAAAGUUAUUGCUCGUUUAGGAUCACCACCUCAGCUUUCUCUAGCAACCAGACAAAAGAUUGCUACUGCCUUCUCCAAGCGAAGUGAUACUGAUAUACCAGCAAUCAACCUGAAUUAA